AUGAAACCAAGCCUUGAACGACAAGCCUUAAAAGAAAUCGACAAUUACGAAAACUCGAAUAAUAAAAACUUCACCACAGUGAAAGUGAAAGAGCUUAAACCGCUGCAGUCUAAUUAUGCGGAGACGAGAGAUACAUAUUCGGAAGAAAAGAGAAAAUAUACGAGAAGAGAAGGAAUAAACAAUGAAUUUAAAGAAAUAUAUUUUCCCUGCUCUUCUAAUGAGAACUCAGUUCUAGAAGAAGCAAUUGACUUGACAUUUAAUGGCAUUGAGUCUGAUGAAUUAGAAACCAGCCCAGAGGAUAUAUUAGAGGAAACCAGCCAAGAGAACACAUUUAUCGACGAAACUGAAAUAGAAGCGUACAUUGAAGAGAAACUGAAAUCCAAUUAUGAGUCAGAUACUGCAGUCUCAAUUGAAUAUGCCAGAGAUAUUUUUUUCCACAUGAAGCAUUUAGAGACUCGACUAAUGCCCGAUUACCGUCAUUUAUCUUCUCAUCCUUUUCACGUUCUGGAAAUGAGAACCGUGGUCAUAAGUUGGAUCAUAGGAAUCCAUUACGAGAUGAAUCUUCUCCCAGAAACUUUAUUUUUAACGAUUAACAUUUUUGACAGAUUCUUCUCAUUGAGAAAUGUCGCGAUUUCGAAAAUGAAGCAAAUAGGGAUGGCUGCCUUACUUUUAGCUUCCAAAUACGAAGAAAUCCAUCCCCCUAGCAACAAAGAAGCAUGUGGUCUACUUGGAGAAGGAACCGUUGGCGAUCUGUGCAAAGCGGAAACGUAUAUUUUAAUGGUAUUGCAUUAUGAGUUAGGAUGGCCAGGCCCUAUGCCAUACCUACGGUUGCUCAGUAUUUCGGACAACUGGGAUGCCGAUAUGAGAAUUGCUGUUAAAUACUUUCUUGAAGUCAGCAUAUUGGAUCCAAGGUUUUUAAGCCAAAAAGCAAGCCAAAUGGUGGCUACCUGUGCAUAUACAGCAUAUUGCGUUUUGCAUAAUGGAAAUUGGAGUAGCACUUUAUACAAUUUAACAGGUUACCAUUGUGUAAACGUCGCUCCUAUUAUGCAUUUGCUGCUAGAAUGCUUACAAAACCCAUUAGAGCACCAUCAAUGCGUAUAUGCAAAAUACUCCACAAGGAUUUCGCGAUAUAUAAGUCAGCGUAUUCACGAGUGGAUUCGAAUUAACAUUCAAUUAUCCUCACCUGUAUCUUAUUUAUGA